AUGGCUUGGUGGCCAUUUUCCAACGAAAAAAACUCACAGGAGAAACAACAGAAGGAACCAGUGCCUGAACCACGCUAUCUAGACGAACUUCCUCCCAAAUUUGAUGAUUCUAAGCAGGCUGUACCCAUCCCCUCUACCUCACCUUUGAAGCAAGCAGUGAAUAAGAUCAGUAUUAAAGAUUUCUCGCCCGCCAACCUUAUCAGCAUACCAUGCUUCCGUGAGGCUGGAUUGUCAGGAUUUACAGUAAUGGCAGUCUUCGGAUCCAUCACCUUCUUGUACCACAAAAAUAUUCAAAAGACGGCCAAUUGGGCCUUUGGUGGGUUCCUCUUGGGCAGCAUAUUUGGAUGGGAACAAUGUAAUAGUAUACGGCGCAAGAGUAUGAUGACUGCUCAAAUCGCCAAGGAAAGUUUGGAACAAAGAAAACAGCAGGAGCUCAGAAACAAGGUCAAAUAA